AUGACACUGCCAUCACUUGCAUCGACAAUGUUGACUUUACCUAGUAAUGACGACUCGGUAACUCAUCUAAGUUUCGAUAAUAUUAGUCGAUCGCGCGAUUAUGAUGCAUUGAUGAAGGUAAAUUCAUCGUCUGAUAUACAUCAACACUAUCAAGAAUCCACUCAUCAUCGAUUCAAGCGUGAUGUACAUCAACUGAAUACAAAUGAUAGUCCGAGUUUAGUCGACAAUUUAAAAUCAGAACAGCCAAUUUCGACGCCAAUGACUCUAGCUGAUCCGUCGCAGUCAUCAUUAUUGACCUUGAAGCAUGAUCGAUUCUUGAUUAAUCAUACAAAUGAUCAUGAUGAUGGACAGUUUCCUUCGUUUUCCUCAUCCACUGAUGAUACGAUAAGAACUUCGGGAUCUACUCAUCGUGAUCGAUGCUCAUCAAUGCUAGAUGAUCAGCUUAUCGAACAUUCGCCAUCCGUCGUCUUAAAUCAGAACAGAAUCUCUCAACGAAUUCCGACAACAUCACCGGCAUCCUUGUCAAUGUCAUCCGAAUCUGGUAACUGUAAUAGCGUUUCAUAUGGUGUCGAUUGGAGUGAUCGCGCUCGUCCUACAUCUCACUGUUGGUUUCCUUACACAUUCAACUAUCCAUCAACUGCUCAACGUUGUGCCUAUGCCACUUGUUCAAAUCGUAAACCAACAGUUCUAAUGCCAUUUCUGCAAUGUGGAUCAUGUGGACUGACUGUGCAUGCGCAUCAUUUAAAUGAUUCACAUGCGACUGAAGAUAAUGUUCUUUCAUCCUGCCGUCCAUCGUUUAUCGAUAAUCCGAUAUCGGAAAAAUUAUAUGUCAACGGCGAAGAUAAUCCAUCAAAUUUUGAUAAACAUUUUUGGACUCAUAUACCCACUCUAACUGAGCCAUGUGUGUAUUGUAACCGAAAAUCAAUACCUAAGGGCUUAUUUGUCGCUAGACUCGGUCAAACAUCGACGAGACCCGCAUUACAUAUUACAUGUCAGGAUACAACAAUCACCAGUACUUUAUCCAAAAGUUGUAGUCCGAAAAUGUCUCACACAUCUACUGGUCUCCUUUGUUUAUGGUGCUUUCGAAGUUAUCAUCAACAGUGCUGGGAACAUCUCAAUGCUGAAGAAGACAAAAUCAAAUGUGACUAUGGACUAUUAAGAAAUAUUAUUGUCCGACCACAAUGGUUACAUCGAUCCAAUCAGUCGUCAUCUGGUUUCCGAGCCGGAUUUCCUUCGCAUUCUACCGAUAGUUGUUCUACAUUGAACAGUUUUCCUUAUACACCUACUCUAGUCUUCAUAAACAAGCGUUCAGGUGGUCAAAAUGGAGAGGAAAUCUAUCGAAAACUCUUGCAAAAACUCAAUCCACGUCAAGUAUUUCUUUUAGAAAGCGAUGCCACCAUCGUCAAUGCUCUAGAUAUCUAUAUUUCGCUACCGAAUACUCGUAUUUGUGUUUGUGGUGGUGAUGGAAGCGUUAGUUGGUUUCUUUCUCGUAUAGCUGAAGUUUAUUCGUCGAAUAAUAAUCCACCAGUUGCUAUCUGUCCAUUAGGAACUUGCAAUGAUCUUUCACGCGUUUUAGCCUGGGGCGGACAUUACAAUUCGAAGCAGCUUCUUCCUACGCUCUUAAAAAUUCCUCAAGCUCAAGUGGUUCCACUCGAUCGUUGGCAAGUCCAUAUUGAACACAUCGAUUUGCCAAAUUUGACUUCAAUGAGACGACAACAUCGUGACAAUAGAUUUCAAAUCAGUGGAAUAUUUCAACCGUUACUCAGGGAACCGAAAUUUAUUCGUGAAAGCAAUCGCGCCACCUAUCAGAAUCAUCGCUCAUUGCCAAAUACACAUUUUGUCAAUUAUAUGAGUUUCGGCUUAGAUGCAGCAAUUGCUAUUGAAUUUCACGAUCGACGCACAUAUGAUCCGGCCAAAUUUUCGUCAGCGUGGAAAAAUAAACUAAUGUAUUUGAAUGAAAGCCUUUUACGCAAGCAAAGACGUGCUACCUCGUAA